CAUAUGCAAAUGCUGUCAAAAACACUCCGAUAGCUGGCAUAUUUCCGACACAUUUCGCCUGCCUUCGAAAUGGAAAAAAAUAGUAAAAAGGGAACGAGGCACGAGUACAAAUCAAUUGAAAGGAGUGACUUUAGUGGCCAGCAUGGAGUUGCUUAGCGUGAGCCCUCAACUGCUGACUUUCUAUGCCCCCUAUGGACACAGUCAAUGGAGAAUGAUGACCCUGCUGAAUCCCACCGAUAGGAAGGUUCUUUUCAAAGUGAAAUCGAAUGCCUGGCGACACUAUACUGUGAAUCCGAGUACCGGCAGGUUAGAACCUUAUUCCUCCAGCGAGGUCAUCAUAAGUCUGAAGUGCUUCGAUUUCCACGAGGAAGGGAGGUACAAUCAUCUCUUUAUUAUUAUAUCUAUGAUCGCUCCUCAAGAUCAUAUAAAUGGCCAGACAAUUUUGGAGAUUUUUCGCGGAGCUUCCCGCAGAGACAUCUCUUCGAACUGUCUACCAGUUCGACUGGAGGCCAGGCCCUAUCCGUUGGCUAUUUCUGGCCUGGAUUCACUUCGUGGUUUUGUCAAAAAUGCUGUGGAUAAGGAGUUGCAGCUGAGACAGCUCUGUCCAAUCUGUGCCAAUAAACUGGAAGUUCCUGUGGGGCAGAAAAAACCAAAGAGAAGCCGUCAUCUUUCCAAGCUUGUGAUCAUGGGCUCAUUGACUUUAGUUUUUCUUACAGCAUAUAUGCAGCGCAUGUUUGAAACGCUAUUGGGCAACUUUUACUCGUAUAUGGAAUUUCUGGAAUAUUAAUAUGUUUUGAAAGCUGAGAAGCUUCUUGUGACAAGCUUAAGCUACUUAGAAAAUAAAUAAAAGAUAACCGAAGGUUACGUACUUAGGUG